AGGGCUUUACGAUAAAUGAGCUAUGGGACUACUUCCAAUACCCUCUUUUGUCUUACAGCACCCCACCCAUAUGGAAAAAAAAACCUAGCUUCUCUUCCCUUUCUCUCUCAAGAAAACAAUAUUAACUUGCGAAUCAAGACAAUUUCAAAAACAAAAACUCAAAUUUCGUUUCAUUCUAUUCUUCAACCCUAUUUCGAAUUCUCCAUAUUUCGUUGUCAAGGUUUUCAAAUUAUGGCUACACCUUUAAUGGCAGGGAUAGCUGUGGCUGCUGCAGCAUAUGCCGGUAAGGUUGGUAUUCAGGCUUGGCAAGCGUUCAAGGCUAGACCACCUGCAUUGCGUAAAUUUUAUGAAGGCGGUUUUCAGCCUACUAUGACUAGAAGGGAAGCAGCUCUCAUACUUGGUGUUAGACAGACCACUCCAACAGAUAAGAUCAAAGAAGCACAUCGAAGAGUGAUGGUUGCAAAUCAUCCAGAUGCUGGUGGCAGCCAUUAUCUUGCUUCCAAAAUCAAUGAAGCAAAAGACAUGAUGCUUGGAAAGUCCAAAGGUAGUGGAUCUGCAUUUUAAGCCGUGUAACCUCAACAGUUCAGACUUUAGAAGCCGCACUUGAUUCAAUGUCAGAUUAUAAAUUUUGUACUCAUCCCACAAUAAUUUUAUUAGACCCAAAUAUAUAGUGAGAAAGUUGAAUAUGCGUUAUUAUCGUCGUCGUCGAGAAGAUAAAAUUAUUGUAACCUGACUUGUGUCAUUAAAGUUGAGUUGAGAAAGCAAUCUGUAGGUUCUCUUAUUUUCCUCCUAGGUUCUCUUAUAAUGACUUGGAAUGUGAUCUAUUGUAAACUUCUGAGUUACUAAUAAUGCAAGUUACUUUUGUGUU